AUGGACACGUUCGAAGGAGCCAGCCAAAUCGGGAUGGUUCUGCAGCAGGCGAAAGCGCCGCUGAUCAUGCCGCUGUUGCGAGUUUUGGUGGCGGUGUGCCUUGGGAUGUCUGUGUUGCUCUUUGCGGAGAAGGUGUACAUGGCCAUUGUCAUAAUGUUGGUCAAGGUUUUCAGAAGAAGACCUGAGAAGCGUUGGAAAUGGGAGGCCAUUAAGGAUGAUAUCGAGCUUGGAAAUUCUGCUUACCCUAUGGUUCUUGUGCAAAUUCCAAUGUACAAUGAAAAAGAGGUUUAUCAGCUUUCUAUUGGAGCUGCGUGUGGGCUUUCAUGGCCUUCUGAAAGGAUCAUAAUUCAAGUUCUUGAUGAUUCAACUGACCCUUUCAUUAAGGAUUUGGUGGAAGUAGAAGUGCAGAGAUGGGCAAGCAAAGGAAUAAACAUAAAGUACGAGAUCAGAGACAACAGACAUGGCUACAAAGCAGGGGCUCUCAAAGAGGGAAUGAAGCACUCUUAUGUCAAACACUGUGACUUCGUCGCCAUUUUUGAUGCCGACUUCCAGCCUGAACCUGAAUUUCUGUGGCGCACAAUCCCAUUUCUCCUCCACAACCCUGACAUUGCUCUUGUCCAAGCUCGCUGGAAAUUUGUAAAUGCUGAUGAGUGCUUGAUGACCAGAAUGCAAGAGAUGUCUCUGGAUUACCAUUUCACAGUGGAGCAAGAAGUUGGGUCUGCAACCCAUGCUUUCUUUGGUUUUAAUGGCACAGCUGGAGUGUGGAGAAUCACAGCCCUCAAUGAGGCUGGAGGAUGGAAGGACCGCACGACAGUGGAGGAUAUGGAUUUAGCCGUCCGAGCUAGUCUUAGAGGCUGGAAGUUUGUCUAUCUUUCUGACCUCAAGGUCAAAAAUGAACUUCCCAGUACUUUCAAAGCAUAUCGUUAUCAGCAGCAUAGAUGGUCUUGUGGCCCAGCUAAUCUCUUCCGGAAGAUGGUAAUGGAGAUUUUAAGAAACAAGAAGGUGUCCCCGUUGAAGAAGUUUCAUGUGAUCUACAGCUUUUUCUUUGUUCGCAAAAUUGUAGCACAUAUAGUCACCUUUGUCUUCUACUGUGUUAUUUUACCAGCAACAGUUUUGGUUCCUGAAGUUCAAGUUCCCAUAUGGGGUGCUGUUUACAUUCCUUCUACCAUUACUCUCCUCAAUGCAGUUGGUACUCCCAGGUCACUCCAUCUAUUGAUUUUCUGGAUUCUAUUUGAGAAUGUAAUGUCCCUGCACCGGACUAAGGCAACAUUUAUAGGCCUGUUUGAAGCAGGGAGAGUGAAUGAAUGGGUGGUCACAGAGAAACUGGGAGAUGCUCUCAAGACAAAAUCAGCUGCAAAAGCUCACAGGAAGUCUCGAGUGAGGAUCAGCGAGAGAGUCCAUUUGCUUGAGCUCAUUGUUGGAAUCUACCUCUUCUUCUGUGGGUGCUACGAUCUUGCUUAUGGAAAGAACCGUUUCUUCAUCUACCUUUUCCUCCAAUCCUUUGCAUUCUUCAUCGUCGGAGUUGGUUACGUUGGCACCUUCGUCCCUAGCUCAUAG